AUGAAUGAGUAUGUCAGAUUGGCAGAAUAUUUAUCAUAUGGUCAUACUCUAACUUUAGAAAAAGCCGAGAAACAAAAGUUUAAGUAUCUAAACCAUUGUCAUUGGAGUCUGAAUAACCCUUUCCUCUGCAGUAUUUUUGAGCAGUGGCUCCGAAGGCACCGUCCUCUUCAAGAAGUUUAUCCGGAAGCCAAUGCACCCAUUGGACAUAACCGGGAAUCCUACAUGGUUCCUUUUAUACCACUGUACAGAAACAGUGAUUUCUUUAUUUCAUCCAAAGAUCUGGGCUAUGACUAUAGCUAUCUACAAGAUUCAGACCCAGACUCUUUUCAAGACUACAUUAAGUCCUAUUUGGAACAAGCAAGUCGGAUCUGGUCAUGGCUCCUUGGGGCGGCCAUGGUAGGGGCCGUCCUCACUGCCCUGCUGGCAGGGCUUGUGAGCUUGCUGUGUCGUCACAAGAGAAAGCAGCUUCCUGAAGAAAAGCAGCCACUCCUCAUGGAGAAAGAGGAUUACCACAGUUUGUAUCAGAGCCAUUUAUAAAAGGC